AUGGACGUGGACAUGGACGUGGAUGUGGACGUGGACGUGGACGUGGACGUGGACAUGGACGUGGACAUGGAAGUGGACAUGGACGCGGACGUGGACGUGGACGGGGAUGUGGACGUGGACGUGGACGUGGACAUGGCUGUGGACGUGGACGUGGAGGUGGACAUGGACGUGGACGUGGACGUGGACAUGGACGCGGACGAGGACGUGGACGUGGACGCGGACGUGGACGUGGACGGGGAUGUGGACGUGGACGUGGACGUGGACAUGGACGUGGACGUGGACGUGGACAUGGACGUGGACGUGGACGUGGACGUGGACAAGGACGUGGACGUGGACGUGGACAUGGUCGUGGACGUGGACGUGGACGUGGACGUGGACAUGGACAUAGACGUGGACAUGGUCGUGGACGUGGACAUGGACGUGGACGUGGACCUGGACGUGGAUAUGGACGUGGACGUGGACGUGGACGUGGACAUGGACGUGGACAUGGACGUGGUUGUGGACAUGGACGCGGACAUGGACGUGGACAUGGACGUGGACGUGGACGUGGACGUGGACGUCGACGUGGACAUGGACGUGGACGUGGACGUGGACAUGGACAUGGACAUGGACGUGGACGUGGACGUGGACGUGGACAUGGACGUGGACAUGGACGUGGAGGACUUGGACGUGGACAUGGACAUGGUCGUGGACAUGGACGUGGACGUGGACAUGGACGUGGACAUGGACAUGGACGUGGACGUGGACAUGGACGUGGACGUGGACGUGGACAUGGACGUGGACGCGGAUGUGGACGUGGACGUGGACGCGGACGUGGACGUGGACGUGGAUGGACGCGGACGUCGACAUGGACGUGGAUGGACAUGGACCUGGACUUGGACGUGGACGGGGAUGUGGACAUGGACGUGGACGUGGACGUGGACAUGGACGUGGACGUGGACGUGGACAUGGUCGUGGACGCGGACGUGGACAUGGACGUGGACGUGGACAUGGACGUGGACGUGGAUGGACGCGGACAUCGACAUGGACGUGGACGGGGAUGUGGACAUGGACGUGGACGUGGACAUGGACGUGGACGUGGACAUGGACGUGGACGUGAAAAUGGUCGUGGACGUGGACGUGGACGUGGACGAGGACGUGGACGUGGACGUGGACAUGGAGGUGGACGUGGACGUGGACGUGCACGUGGACGUGGACGUGGACGUGGAGGUGGACGUUGACGUGGAGGUGGACGUGGACGUGGACGUGGACGUUGACGUGGACAUGGACGUGGAGGUGGACGUGCACGUGGACGUGGACGUGGACGUGGACGUGGACGUGGACGUAGACGUGGACGUGGACGUUGACGUGGACGUGGACGUGGACGUGGACGUGGACGUGCACGUGCACGUGGAGGUGGACGUGGACGUGGACGUGGACAUGGAGGUGGACAUGGACGUGGAAGUGGACAUGGAGGUGGACAUGGACGUAGACAUGGACGUGGACGUGGACAUGGACGUGGACAUGGACGUGGACAUGGUCGUGGACGUGGACGUGGACGUGGACGUGGAAGUGGACAUGGACGUGGACGUGGACGUGGACGUGGAUGCGGACGUGGACGUGGACGUGGACGUGGAAGCGGACAUGGAGGUGGACAUGGACGUAGACAUGGACGUGGACGUGGACAUGGACGUGGACAUGGACGUGGACAUGGUCGUGGACGUGGACGUGGACGUGGACGUGGAAGUGGACAUGGACGUGGACGUGGACGUGGACGUGGAUGCGGACGUGGACGUGGACGUGGACGUGGAAGCGGACAUGGAGGUGGACAUGGACGUAGACAUGGACGUGGACGUGGACAUGGACGUGGACAUGGACGUGGACAUGGUCGUGGACAUGGACGUGGUCGUGGACGUGGACGUGGAUGCGGACGUGGACAUGGACGUGGACGUGGAAGCGGACCUGGACAUGGACGUGGACGGGGACGCGGACGUGGACGUGGACGGGAUGGACGUGGACGUGGACGUGGACGUGGACGUGGACGUGGACAAGGACGUGGACAAGGACGUGGACAUGGUCGUGGACGUGGUCGUGGACGUGGACGUGGACAUGGACGUGGACGUGGACGUGGACGUGGACGUGGACAUGGACGUGGACAUGGACGUGGUUGUGGACAUGGACGUGGACAUGGACGUGGACGUGGACGUGGACGUGGACGUGGACAUGGACGUGGACGUGGACGUGGACGUGGACGUGGACAUGGACAUGGACAUGGACGUGGACAUGGACAUGGACAUGGACAUGGACAUGGACGUGGACAUGGACGUGGACGUGGACGUGGACAUGGACGUGGACGUGGACAUGGACGUGGACGCGGACGCGGACGUGGACUUGGACGUGGACGUGGACGUGGACGUGGACGUGGACGUGGACAUGGACGUGGACAUGGUCGUGGUCGUGGACGUGGACGUGGACGUGGACGUGGACGUGGACAUGGACGUGGACGUGGACGUAGACGUGGACGUGGACGUGGACCUGGACGUGGACGUGGACGUGGACAUGGAUGUGGACGUGGACGUGGACGUGGACGUGGACGUGGACGUGGACAUGGACGUGGACAUGGACGUGGACGUGGACGUGGACGUGGACAUGGACGUGGACGUGGACGUGGAUAUGGACGUGGACAUGGACGUGGAGGACUUGGACGUGGACAUGGACGUGGUCGUGGACAUGAACGUGGACAUGGACAUGGACAUGGACAUGGACGUGGACGUGGACAUGGACGUGGACAUGGACGCGGACGUGGACGUGGACGUUGACGUGGACAUGGACCAGGACGUGGACGUGGACGUGGACGUUGACAUGGACGUGGACGUGGACGUGGACGUGGACGUGGACAUGGACCAGGACGUGGACGUGGACGUCGACAUGGACAUGGACAUGGACGUGGACAUGGACGUGGACGUGGACGUGGACCUGGACGUGGACAUGGACAUGGACGUGGACGUGGACGGGGACGUGGACGCGGACGUGGAUGGACGCGGACGUGGACGUGGACGUGGAUUGGACAUGGACGCGGACGUGGACGUGGACGGGGAUGUGGACGUGGACGUGGACGUGGACAUGGCUGUGGACGUGGACGUGGAGGUGGACAUGGACGUGGACGUGGACGUGGACAUGGACGCGGACGAGGACGUGGACGUGGACGGGGACGUGGACGUGGACGGGGAUGUGGACGUGGACGUGGACGUGGACAUGGACGUGGACGUGGACGUGGACAUGGACGUGGACGUGGACGUGGACAAGGACGUGGACGUGGACGUGGACAUGGUCGUGGACGUGGACGUGGACGUGGACGUGGACAUGGACAUAGACGUGGACAUGGUCGUGGACGUGGACAUGGACGUGGACGUGGACCUGGACGUGGAUAUGGACGUGGACGUGGACGUGGACGUGGACAUGGACGUGGACAUGGACGUGGUUGUGGACAUGGACGUGGACGUGGACGUGGACAUGGACAUGGACAUGGACGUGGACAUGGACAUGGACAUGGACAUGGACAUGGACGUGGACAUGGACGUCGACGUGGACGUGGACAUGGACGUGGACGUGGACAUGGACGUGGACGCGGACGCGGACGUGGACUUGGACGUGGACGUGGACGUGGACGUGGACGUGGACGUGGACAUGGACGUGGACAUGGUCGUGGUCGUGGACGUGGACGUGGACGUGGACGUGGACAUGGACGUGGACGUGGACGUAGACGUGGACGUGGACGUGGACCUGGACGUGGACGUGGACGUGGACAUGGAUGUGGACGUGGACGUGGACGUGGACGUGGACGUGGACAUGGACGUGGACAUGGACGUGGACGUGGACGUGGACAUGGACGUGGACAUGGACGUGGAGGACUUGGACGUGGACAUGGACGUGGUCGUGGACAUGAACGUGGACAUGGACAUGGACAUGGACAUGGACGUGGACGUGGACAUGGACGUGGACAUGGACGCGGACGUGGACGUGGACGUUGACGUGGACGUUGACGUGGACGUGGACGUGGACGUGGACGUGGACAUGGACGUGGACGUGGACGUGGACGUGGACGUGGACAUGGACCAGGACGUGGACGUGGACGUCGACAUGGACAUGGACAUGGACGUGGACAUGGACGUGGACGUGGACGUGGACCUGGACGUGGACAUGGACAUGGACGUGGACGUGGACGUGGACGUGGACGGGGACGUGGACGCGGACGUGGAUGGACGCGGACGUGGACGUGGACGUGGAUUGGACAUGGACGCGGAUGUGGACGUGGACGGGGAUGUGGACGUGGACGUGGACGUGGACAUGGCUGUGGACGUGGACGUGGAGGUGGACAUGGACGUGGACGUGGACGUGGACAUGGACGCGGACGAGGACGUGGACGUGGACGCGGACGUGGACGUGGACGGGGAUGUGGACGUGGACGUGGACGUGGACAUGGACGUGGACGCGGACGUGGACAUGGACGUGGACGUGGACGUGGACGUGGACAAGGACGUGGACGUGGACGUGGACAUGGUCGUGGACGUGGACGUGGACGUGGACGUGGACAUGGACAUAGAUGUGGACAUGGUCGUGGACGUGGACAUGGACGUGGACGUGGACCUGGACGUGGAUAUGGACGUGGACGUGGACGUGGACGUGGACAUGGACGUGGACAUGGACGUGGUUGUGGACAUGGACGCGGACAUGGACGUGGACAUGGACGUGGACGUGGACGUGGACGUGGACGUGGACGUCGACGUGGACAUGGACGUGGACGUGGACGUGGACAUGGACAUGGACAUGGACGUGGACGUGGACGUGGACGUGGACGUGGACAUGGACGUGGACAUGGACGUGGAGGACUUGGACGUGGACAUGGACAUGGUCGUGGACAUGGACGUGGACGUGGACAUGGACGUGGACAUGGACAUGGACGUGGACGUGGACAUGGACGUGGACGUGGACGUGGACAUGGACGUGGACGCGGAUGUGGACGUGGACGUGGACGCGGACGUGGACGUGGACGUGGAUGGACGCGGACGUCGACAUGGACGUGGAUGGACAUGGACCUGGACUUGGACGUGGACGGGGAUGUGGACAUGGACGUGGACGUGGACGUGGACAUGGACGUGGACGUGGACGUGGACAUGGACAUGGACGUGGACGGGGAUGUGGACAUGGUCGUGGACGCGGACGUGGACAUGGACGUGGACGUGGACAUGGACGUGGACGUGGAUGGACGCGGACAUCGACAUGGACGUGGACGGGGAUGUGGACAUGGACGUGGACGUGGACAUGGACGUGGACGUGGACAUGGACGUGGACGUAGACAUGGUCGUGGACGUGGACGUGGACGUGGACGUGGACGUGGACGUGGACGUGGACGUGGACAUGGAGGUGGACGUGGACGUGGACGUGCACGUGGACGUGGACGUGGACGUGGAGGUGGACGUUGACGUGGAGGUGGACGUGGACGUGGACGUGGACGUGGACGUUGACGUGGACAUGGACGUGGAGGUGGACGUGCACGUGGACGUGGACGUGGACGUGGACGUGGACGUGGACGUAGACGUGGACGUGGACGUUGACGUGGACGUGGACGUGGACGUGGACGUGGACGUGUACGUGGACGUGGACGUGGAGGUGGACGUGGACGUGGACGUGGACAUGGAGGUGGACGUGGACGUGGAAGUGGACAUGGAGGUGGACAUGGACGUAGACAUGGACGUGGACGUGGACAUGGACGUGGACAUGGACGUGGACAUGGUCGUGGACGUGGACGUGGACGUGGACGUGGAAGUGGACAUGGACGUGGACGUGGACGUGGAUGCGGACGUGGACGUGGACGUGGACGUGGAAGCGGACAUGGAGGUGGACAUGGACGUAGACAUGGACGUGGACGUGGACAUGGACGUGGACAUGGACGUGGACAUGGUCGUGGACGUGGACGUGGACGUGGACGUGGAAGUGGACAUGGACGUGGUCGUGGACGUGGACGUGGAUGCGGACGUGGACAUGGACGUGGACGUGGAAGCGGACCUGGACAUGGACGUGGACGGGGACGCGGACGUGGACGUGGACGGGAUGGACGUGGACGUGGACGUGGACGUGGACGUGGACGUGGACGUGGACAAGGACGUGGACAAGGACGUGGACAUGGUCGUGGACGUGGUCGUGGACGUGGACGUGGACAUGGACGUGGACGUGGACGUGGACGUGGACGUGGACAUGGACGUGGACAUGGACGUGGUUGUGGACAUGGACGUGGACAUGGACGUGGACGUGGACGUGGACGUGGACGUGGACGUGGACAUGGACGUGGACGUGGACGUGGACGUGGACGUGGACGUGGACAUGGACAUGGACAUGGACGUGGACAUGGACAUGGACAUGGACAUGGACAUGGACGUGGACAUGGACGUGGACGUGGACGUGGACAUGGACGUGGACGUGGACAUGGACGUGGACGCGGACGCGGACGUGGACUUGGACGUGGACGUGGACGUGGACGUGGACGUGGACAUGGACGUGGACAUGGUCGUGGUCGUGGACGUGGACGUGGACGUGGACGUGGACGUGGACAUGGACGUGGACGUGGACGUAGACGUGGACGUGGACGUGGACCUGGACGUGGACGUGGACGUGGACAUGGAUGUGGACGUGGACGUGGACGUGGACGUGGACGUGGACGUGGACAUGGACGUGGACAUGGACGUGGACGUGGACGUGGACGUGGACAUGGACGUGGACAUGGACGUGGAGGACUUGGACGUGGACAUGGACGUGGUCGUGGACAUGAACGUGGACAUGGACAUGGACAUGGACAUGGACGUGGACGUGGACAUGGACGUGGACAUGGACGCGGACGUGGACGCGGACGUGGACGUGGACGUGGACAUGGACAUGGACGUGGACAUGGACGUGGACAUGGACGUGGACAUGGACGUGGACAUGGACGUGGACAUGGACGUGGACAUGGACGUGGUCAUGGACGUGGACGUGGACGUGGACCUGGACGUGGACGUGGACAUGGACGUGGACAUGGACGUGGAGGACUUGGACGUGGACAUGGACGUGGUCGUGGACAUGGACGUGGACAUGGACAUGGACAUGGACAUGGACGUGGACAUGGACGUGGACAUGGACGUGGACAUGGACGCGGACGUGGACGUGGACGUGGACGUGGACAAGGACGUAAAAGUGGACAUGGACGUGGACGUGGACCUGGACGUGGACGUGGACAUGGACGUGGACGUGGACGUAGACGUGGACGUGGAUGUGGACAUGGACGGGGACAUGGACGUGGAUGUGGACGUGGACGUGGACGUGGACGUGGACAUGGACGUGGACAUGGACGUGGAGGACUUGGACGUGGACAUGGACGUGGUCAUGGACAUGGACGUGGACAUGGACAUGGACAUGGACAUGGACAUGGACGUGGACAUGGACGUGGACAUGGACGUGGACAUGGACGCGGACGUGGACGCGGACGUGGACGUGGACAUGGACAUGGACGUGGACAUGGACGUGGACAUGGACGUGGACAUGGACGUGGACAUGGACGUGGACAUGGACGUGGACAUGGACGUGGACAUGGACGUGGACAUGGACGUGGACAUGGACGUGGACAUGGACGUGGACGUGGACGUGGACGUGGACAUGGACGUGGAUGUGGACGUGGACAUGGACGUGGACGUGGACGUGGACAUGGACGUGGACGUGGACGUGGACGCGGACGUGGACGUGGACGUGGACGUGGAUGGACGCGGACGUGGACGUGGACGCGGACGGGGACAUGGACGUGGACGUGGACGUGGAUGUGGACAUGGACGUGGAUAUGGACGUGGACAUGACUUGGACGUGGACAUGGACAUGGACAUGGACGUGGACGUGGACGUAGACGUGGAAGUGGACGUGGACGUGGACGUGGAUGUGGAGGACUUGGACGUGGACGUGGACGUGGUCGUGGACGUGGACGUGGAGGUGGACGUGGAGGACUUGGACGUGGACAUGGACGUGGACAUGGACGUAGACGUGGACGUGGACAUGGACAUUGACGUGGACAUGGUCGUGGACGUGGUCGUGGAUGUGGACGUGGACGUGGACGAAGACGUGGACGAAGACGUGGACAUGGACGUGGACGUGGACGUGGAGGUGGACGUGGAGGUGGACGUGGACGUGGACGUGGACGUGGACGUGGACGUUGACGUGGACGUGGACGUGGACGUGGACGUGGACGUGGACAUGGACGUGGACGUGGACGUGGACGUGGACGUGGUCGUGGACGUGGACGUGGACGUGGACGUGGACGUCGACGUGGACGUGGACGUGGACAUGGACGUGGACGUGGACGUGGACGUGGACAUGGACGUGGACGUGGACGUGGACGUGGACGUGAACAUGGACGUGGACAUGGACGUGGAGGACUUGGACGUGGACAUGGACGUGGUCGUGGACAUGGACGUGGACAUGGAUAUGGACAUGGACAUGGACAUGGACGUGGACGUGGACAUGGACGUGGACAUGGACACGGACGUGGACGUGGAAGUGGAUGUAGACAUGGACAUGGACAUGGACGUGGACAUGGACAUGGACAUGGAGGUGGACAUGGACGUGGCGUGGACGUGGACAUGGACGUGGACGUGGACGUGGACGUGGCCUUGGACGUGGACAUGGACGUGGACGUGGACGUGGACAUGGACGUGGACCUGGACGUGGACGUGGACGUGGACGCGGACGUGGACGUGGACGUGGAUGGACGCGGACCUGGACGUGGACGCGGACGUGGACGUGGACGUGGACGACUUGGACGUGGACAUGGACGUGGUCGUGGACAUGGACGUGCACAUGGACAUGAACAUGGACAUGGACGUGGACAUGGACGCGGACGUGGACGUGGACGUGGACGCGGACGUGGACGUGGACGUGGACGUGGACAUGGACGUGGACGUGGACGUGGACAUGGACAUGGACAUGGACGGGGACAUGGACGUGGACGUGGACGUGGACAUGGACGUGGACGUGGACGUGGACGUUGACGUGGACGUGGACGUGGACGUGGACGUGGACGUGGACGUGGACGCGGACGUGGACGUGGACGUGGACGUGGAUGGACGCGGACGUGGACGUGGACCUGGACGUGGACGCGGACGUGGACGCGGACGUGGACGCGCGGACGUGGACGCGGACGUGGACGCGGACGUGGACGCGGACGUGGACGCGGACGUGGACGCGGACGUGGACGCGGACGUGGACGUGGACAUGGACGUGGACAUGGACGUGGACGUGGACGCGGACAUGGACGUGGACAUGGACGUGGACGUGGACGUGGACGUGGACGUGGACAUGGACGUGGACAUGGACGUGGACGUGGACGUGGACGUGGACAUGGACGUGGACGUGGACAUGGACGUGGACAUGGACGUGGACGUGGUCGUGGACGUGGAUGUGGAGGACUUGGACGUGGACAUGGACGUGGACGUGGACGUGGACGUGGACGUAGACGUGGACGUGGACGUGGACGUGGACGUGGACGCGGACGUGGAGAACUUUGACGUGGACGUGGACGUGGUCGUGGACGUGGACGUGGACGUGGACGUGGAGGACUUGGACGUGGACAUGGACGUGGACGUGGACGUGGACGUGGACGUGGACGUGGACGUGGACAUGGACGUGGACAUGGUCGUGGACGUGGUCGUGGACGUGGACGUGGACGUGGACGUGGACGUGGACGUGGACGUCGACGUGGACGUCGAUGUGGACGUCGACGUGGACCUGGACGUGAACGUGGACGUGGACAUGGACGUGGACGUGGACGUGGACGUGGACGUGGACGUGGACGUGGACGUGGACGUGGACAUGGACGUGGAGGACUUGGACGUGGAAAUGGACGUGGUCGUGGACAUGGACGAGGACAUGGAUAUGGACAUGGACAUGGACAUGGACGUGGACGCGGACGUGGACGUGGACGUGGACGUGGACGUGAACGUGGAUAGACGGGGACGUGGACAUGGACGUGGACGCGGACGUGGACGUGGACGUGGACGUGGACGUGGACGUGGACAUGGACGUGGACGUGGACGUGGACGUGGACGUGGACGUGGACCUGGACGUGGACGUGGACGUGGACGUGGACGUGGACGUGGACGUGGACAUGGACGUGGAGACAUGGACGUGGACGUGGACGUGGACAUGGACGUGGACGUGGAUGUGGACGCGGACGUGGACGUGGACGCGGACGUGGACGUGGACGCGGACGGGGACCUGGACGUGGACGUGGACGUGGACAUGGACGUGGACGUGGACGUGCACGUGGACAUGGAUGUGGACGUGGACGUGCACGUGGACAUGGACGUGGACGUGGACGUGGACAUGGACGUGGACGUGGACAUGGACGUGGACAUGGACGUGGACGUGGUCGUGGACGUGGACGUGGAGGACUUGGACGUGGACAUGGACUUGGACAUGGACGUGGACGUGGACGUAGAUGUGGAAGUGGACGUGGACGUGGACGUGGAUGUGGAGGACUUGGACGUGGACGUGGACGUGGUCGUGGACGUGGACGUGGAGGUGGACGUGGAGGACUUGGACGUGGACAUGGACGUGGACAUGGACGUAGACGUGGACGUGGACAUGGACAUUGACGUGGACAUGGUCGUGGACGUGGUCGUGGACGUGGACGUGGACGUGGACGUGGACGUUGACGUGGACGUGGACGUGGACGUGGACGUGGACGUGGUCGUGGACGUGGACGUGGACGUGGACGUGGACGUGGACGUGGACGUCGACGUGGACGUCGACGUGGACAUGGACGUGGACGUGGACGUGGACAUGGACGUGAACAUGGACGUGGACAUGGACGUGGAGGACUUGGACGUGGACAUGGACGUGGUCGUGGAAUGGACGUGGACAUGGACAUGGACGUGGACAUGGACGUGGACGUGGACAUGGACGUGGACAUGGACGCGGACGUGGACGUGGAAGUGGAUGUAG